AUGCCCGUGCUUACAUUCUGCGGAUCAUUGGUGGUUCCUUAUUUACUGAUAGGAAUCCUAGUAGGGUGAACCUAAUGUUUCUGCCUCUAAUUGCUAAUUUACAUAGAGCAAGCAUGUAUAGUUGGGGUUCAGCUUGUCUUGCCUGGUUAUAUCGAGAACUUUGUCGGGCCACUGAUCCGAGCGUGUCUCAAUUAGGUGGAGCUCUACACAUCCUGCAGAUAUGGGCAUGGGAACGAUUUAUUUCAAUAUCACCAUCUAUAAAUAUACGAGACCCACAUAAUGAUGCUCCACUGGGAAGUCGGUGGAGUAAUGUACGACGUAUCACUCAAGUCGUAACACAUGUCUUGAUAGAAAUACGCUAUAAAUUUGACAGAAUGGGUGACCCAGAGAUGGUAUGGGAGCCAUAUUCCGAUGAACUCCUUGCAUCAUUGCCAUUAUAUUGCACGCAAGGACGUGACAUUUGGAGAGCAGUGGUUCCCUUGAUAUGCUUCCACGUGGUAGAACGGCAUCAACUUGAUAGAGUGUUGCGCCAAUUCGAGAUGCAACAACCAAUACCACAUUCACCACGCCAGCCAGCUGAUCUUCAUAACACAUCUCUAUUAUCAUCCGACAGUAAUUGGAUUACAAUUCAUGCACAUUGGAUUGCCAUUUGGGAAGAUAGAUGGCAAAGGUUGGUUGAAGCAGCACCAUUACAUGGGCCACUACAUUAUCAUUCCGAGUACCUCGAAUGGUAUAGACGAGUUUCUCGUCGAUGGAUAUCGCAUCGUGGUGCAGCUAUUGGCACUGUGGAGGAUGGUAUCGAGAAUAUACAUUUAAUUAAUCGACAGUUUCCUAAUCCGGGCACAGAUCUUAUUGAAAGACAAACAACAGCAAUGUUCUAUGCCAUGGAAGAAGAGAAACGAAUAACAGAGAUACCUCCACCACAGCCAGCACCUCGAGCGCAACCUAUGCCAGAUGACCCUGAAGAGCCUGUUGACCCGCCGAGGAGGCCUAGGCGUAGACGUAGCUCUCGCCAACAAGCUGAUCCCGAUGUACAUACUACUGUCCUGGCAAAUGUCAUCAUUCCGGUACCCGUUUCAUUCCACACUCAUCGAUCAUUUGGUGAGAUUGGACAGUCUUCAGCAGGACCUAGUGUUCCACAAGAAGGUGGAUCACAAUAUACUACGUGGACACAUGGUAGUUAUAUGCCACCACCUCAUAUAACCCCAACACAGUGGUCCUUCCAGCAGGUUGGUAUUCAAGAUAAUCCAUUUCAGAUGCAGACCCCGAUAGGUAGUACCUUUGAUGCUUUUGCACGACAUAGUAGCUCCAUUAAUGCAUUUUCGGCUAGACAUUCUGUGGAUAUUCCUUCAUCUAGCCUAGGCACACAACCAUUCUCUGGCAAUUUUGUAUAGUACACAUCGGGCCAGCAGUACUCCACUUUUGCAUCUGAUGAUAUCUAUUUACCAUCGCAUUAUACUGCAACACGAGAUCUGAGCUUGGUAGCUCCUGAUCUUAAUAUUAAUCCUGCUGCUACUGAAGGUGAGGGUACAAGUGGUGACCGUCGGCCAUAUAGAACUCGACGUCCACAUGAACGAAGGGGACGUCCAUGUGGCACGGGAGGACAUUUGGGACAUAAUUAGCAUUAUUUUUUUAUAUUUUAUCAUUUGUAAUUAUAUUGUUUUAUUUUUAUUACAUUC